GGUCAAAGUCACAGGUUCUUUGGGUGGGACUUGGAACGGGACCAAGUGAAUAUUCUUUCAACGCUCAGAUUCUCCGACGAGAUGGUGGGUUGGGCGAUUGCUCUACACGGCGGCGCCGGCGACAUUCCGGUCAAUCUUCCCGUUGAACGCCGUGUUCCUCGCGAGGCCGCUCUCCGUCAUUGCCUCGAUCUCGGCGUAUCCUCUCUCAAAUCGGGCAAGCAUCCGUUGGACGUCGUCGAACUCGUCGUCCGUGAACUGGAAAACCACCCAAAUUUCAACGCGGGUGUGGGAUCUGUGCUAACUACGCAAGGCACGGUCGAAAUGGAAGCUUGCAUAAUGGAUGGGAAAACUAAGAGAUGUGGAGCCGUCUCUGGUCUGACCUCUGUUGUUAACCCUAUCUCCUUAGCCCGGCUCGUCAUGGAGAAGACCCCUCACAUAUAUCUUGCGUUUGACGGUGCAGAAGCUUUUGCAAGAGAACAGGGUGUUGAGACGGUGGAAUCGAGCCAUUUCAUUACCCCUGAAAACAUCGAAAGGCUAAAGCAGGCAAAAGAGGCCAACAGAGUCCAGAUCGAUUACACAAUACCCGUCCAGAAGGACUUAACCGGCAAUGUUCCCAUUCCAAACAGCGACAGCCAACUAGGAACAGUCGGAUGUGUAGCCGUGGACAGACAUGGCAAUCUAGCCUCGGCAACAUCCACAGGGGGUCUGGUCAAUAAGAUGGUGGGCAGAAUCGGUGACACGCCCAUCAUAGGCUCGGGAACAUAUGCCAACCAUCUCUGUGCCGUCUCGGCCACGGGUAAAGGAGAGGCCAUUAUCUGUGGAACCGUGGCCAGAGACGUGGCUGCACUCAUGGAGUACAAAGGGAUGUCUCUGGCUGAAGCAGCAGGUUAUGUCGUGGAUAGAUCUGUGGCCAGAGGGACCUGUGGGCUGGUCGCUGUGUCAGCCACGGGUGAAGUGACGAUGCCCUUUAACACGACCGGCAUGUUCAGGGCUUGCGCCGCCGAGGACGGGCACUACGAGGUCGGAAUCUGGCCGUGAAGAACUGAUCGGAAAGAAAUGAAUUGCGAAUGGCUGGGGUACAUAUACUCAUUACUCGUUCUUCUCUUUAGUAUUGUUUGGUUCCACCAUAAAAGAAUUCAAUACAUGCUUUGUUUGAUGUAAACCUGGUUAAUACAAUGUUCGAAUCUGGAUACCCGCAAGUACCCAGAACUUAUAUCAGGCAUUCGUAAUUCGGGUAAUAAAGGUUCUCGGGUACGGCCAGGUUUUUUCGGA